GCGCAAGAGAAAAAAUCAAAAAUAAUAUUAAGCUUGAGCAGGUUCCCUGAAGUCAUUUUGAGCAAGCAUCUUUCCUCUCGCCUCCAGGCAGCAACGUAGAGCGGCGCUGAAGGCAUGGGAGCAACACAGUUAAACGUGCUAAAAGUUUUACUUUUACUGACCUUUACAGAGAUUAUUUCUGCUGACCACGAUGUCACAUUUUCAGUGUUUACAGUCACAUCUAAGAGUAUGACGGUGCAGUGGAGUGGCCCCUCUAGUGCCAGCUCCUACAAGGUCACAAUAACACCCAAGAACUCCUCAAAAGAUCCCGUCUUUGCUCACUUCAGUAGCUAUUUUGUGAUGGGCUCGGUCAACUCGCUGUCACCAAAUACGCUGUACACAGUGCAGUUGGAAGCCUUGGACAAUGAUUUCAAUGUCCUCAGCACUGCAAGCACUGAGGAAAUGACAGCUCCUGAGGUCCCCAGCAUUAUACAGGCCUAUUCCAAACACAGUGACAGCAUCACCGUGGAGUUCACAGAGUCUCCAGGAGCAACCAGCUACAUCUUAAGGGCAGAGGCAGAAGACUUCUUUCUUGAGGCACCAGUGAGCAGCUCCCCAGGCACCAUUUUACAUCUCCAGCCCUUCACAAACUACAUGAUGAGCGUCAUGUCUGUCAACUCAGGAGGAAGGAGCCAACCCUCAUACCCUGUCAAGGCCAAGACGGUGGUGGUCGCACCCCAGUUGAACAUCACCUCCCCUGACAACACCACCCUGGUUGUGACUUGGCCCGAGGUUGAGAACGCUGUCCUCUACACACUCUGCAUUAUCCAGGAGGGCUCCACCUCCCGCCUGGACGUGAACACCACUGAUACCAUGUGGUCUUUCGACAACCUCGAAGCAGGGACCACCUACUGCAUCAAGGGCACUGCCUAUGACGCAGAGGGUCGCCCUGGAGAUGACGUGACUUACUGCAAGAUCACGCGUCCACAGAGCCCAUAUGUGUCCUACAUUCAACUGACACAGGGACGGUCUAUCGGGCUCAGUGUGUACUGGCAGCCAGUGCAGGGAGCUGAGAGCUACAUAGCCUACACUUCUGAUGGUCAAAACUGUAGUUCAAUACCUGAAAAUUAUUUCUGUUACAUCCUGUCCGUGGAGUGUGGCCAGAACCACACUGUUACCGUCACAGCGUACAACAGCGCUGGCCCCAGCAGCCCUUCUGCACCAGCAGAAUACAUUACGUACCCAUGUCCUCCAGAGAACAUCAUGGUGGAGGAGCCUGAGGCUGGUAGCUGCAUGCUGGUGUGGGACGAGGUGCUGCUGGUGGACUACUACAUGGCUUUCAUAAAGAGAGAUGACGGCGAGGAGCUGUCGUGCAACACGACUGAAACCAACUGCUCAUUUUACUGCAAAUGUGGCCACACGUUCCUCACCAGUGUCUUCCCCUACAAUGAGGCCGGCUCUAGCCCUUUCUCACCCAUCCACAACUACACUACCAUUCCUUGUUGUCCACAGGAUGUUGCCAUAACACUGGUGUCUACGGAAACCCUGGAGAUCAUGUGGUCUACAGUCAGUGGGGCCGAGCUGUACGAGACGACGGCAGAAGAGACUCGUGACGUUAUCCACUGUAACGACACCGCGCCGGUGUGCGCCCUGUCGGAUCUGAGGUGCAACACAGUUUACUCUGUGACAGUCACGCCAUGCAGCGAGUUACGAGGAUGCAACCAUACGUGCAGACCACAUGCACAUGAGACGGCUCCGUGUUCUCCUGAGAUCGUGACUAUGACUCAGACAGACCCCUCCACGUACAGUGUCCUCAUCACCAACCCCAACACACCCAAUACAAACUAUACCGUCACGGCCACUGGACAUAACACACACACAUGCCAGACGACAAACACGACCUGUGACCUCACACAACUGCCUUGUGGUUCAGUCUACGACGUCACAGCAGUGGCCUCAACAGCUGUGGGACAGAGUCUGCCCGGAUACAGUGAACCUUUGGAAACAGGUCCGUGCUGUCCCACUUUUGUGAAUGUGACCCAGGUCACGCAGGCUAUGACGAAUGUGACCUGGUCUCCUGGCGGUGGCGCUCGUUCCUACAUCACCUCACUUACGUCGUUGCACGGACAUGCAAAAUGCCACACUCAGGAAAACCACUGCCUGAUGGGAUGCAUUACCUGUAGCACCAACUACAGCAUUACACUGGAAGCCAUCAGCAGCACAGGACACAAGUCAGAGUGCACAUAUCAAGGAUUCUCUUCGAGUCCCUGCUGUCCAACAGGCCUCAAGCUCUAUCGUAGCGCUAACAACUCGCUCAGGGUGCACUGGCGUUCUUUGGGCCCUCGGAUCCACAGCCACAAGGUAGAGAUGUACGGGACAGGAGCCAACUACACGUGCAUCGCACCCCCCGCUACCACACAUUGUGACAUCCAGGAGAGUGUGUGUGGCAAUAUCUAUACAGUAGUUGUGGCACCAACAGAACACAAUGGGGUCACAAUCAACUUCUGCCAGUCCAGGACAUUCUCAGUUCCCUGCCCAGGAAGUAAUUUUGGCUUCUCUCGGGGAUGGCAAAUCGGUGAAUAAACGCGGAUGAACAUCUCCACCUUUAUGAGACCAGCAUGGAAUCAUAAAUGUCUGCACCAGCAGCGAAGACCGUGGAGCUCUUGUAUACCUAGAUGAAACAUCAACUCCUGUUUAGAAAUAUCCCUGUUUUAUUCUAACAAUUUUUCAAACUUUGAAUGAAAAAGAAAAACCAGCUAAAACACAAAUUAAAAUGUUUGAAUUAUUAUUUCUGUUCUACAUUCCUCGUUUCUGUCCGUAUAUAAUGUAACUCAAUGUAACUUUGCCAUGCAAUGACAAAUCUGAGUUAAAUGCAGAGGAAGUAAAACAGUGGUUUUCAAUUCAUUCUAAAUUUCAAAUAACUCUUUAGGAUAUCUCCAAAUAGAAGACCUUCAUAUGAUUGCUGCUUGACAUGUCUGGUUCAUGGACAGCAGGUAUCCAUGUUCUUGGCCUGGAGUCAUGCAUGAGUCCUAUGGAUGAUAUGUCUGAUCAGAUUGCUGAAGAUAGAGUCAGUGUUACCUCUGUUUUCAUUGCAUUCAUUGAUGACAACAAUAAAAAGCCUUGUUUUUGCAUUACAA